AGUGUUGGUUCAAGACGCAGACGGUUAACAUCGUUUUCUUGUAUAACUGUGAAAUUAAAAGAAAAAAAAAUUACUUGCUUCAUUUUACCUCAUAAUCUAAAUUCAUUAAAACCACUUGUCCAAUAAAGUUUCUGGAAUUUACGUGAUUAAAAUAUUUGCUUUAAAAUGAAAUUUGCAAACCUUUUUGUUCUUGUUAUCAUUGGGGUCCUUAUGAUGAUUAUUAUACAGGAAGUAACUGCACAAUUACAGCCAAGAGCUCCCAAUUUCCAAUACUUUGAAAGGCCAAAAUACAGAUACCCAUAUUAUGAUAUUCAUGGAAAGGGAAAACUUCUUUAUGGAUACGGAGGACCGGAAUUGUAUCAAUACAAGAGCUAUUCCCCGAUUGAAGGAAUUCAUUAACAUGGUGAAUUGUCAGUAAACUAUUUUAAUAAUAAGA